AUGGCUAAGACUGAAAGUCAGGCUACAGAAGUAGGGCCGUCGCCGGCUUCGGCUACAUCAACGGCGUCAGCGUCUUGCCCAGAAGACGUGUGCGCGCCUCCAAGGGGUGACGGUCAGGGUAUUUACGAGCUUUCGCGUGCACACAGGGAUUUUUAUUAA